UGUUAGUAUAGGGAUAAUUAAAAAAUGUAAUAAAAGUAUCUAGUGACAAAAAAUAUUCAGUUGGCAGCAUCAUAGAAACGCAUAAGACGUGAGAAAGAUCAACGAGAAUGUGUGGUCGUAUUUGUUGCUCAUUAGACGCAGACACUUUGUGUUGUGCUUGUGGAUAUAAGGAUACAGAUGGUAAACAACAUAAACUGACAUGGGCUAACAAUGAAUUAAAAUAUAAUCCAUCAUAUAAUAUGUGUCCACAAGAUGUUUUACCCUGUAUAAUGUCUGGUUCACAUUUUGGAAGAGAAAAAGAAGAAAAAGUUCUUUGUGCUAUGAUAUGGGGAAUGAUUCCACCAUGGCAUCAGGGAAAUUAUAAGGAUCGUUCAAAUAAUAUAUCCACUCACAAUAGUCGUCUGGAAAAUAUAAAAACAUCUACAGUAUAUUCUCCAUCACUGAAAAACCAACAAAGAUGUAUUGUAGUUUGCGAAGGUUUCUAUGAAUGGAAACCUAGUAUAAAUAACAAACUUCAAAAGCAGCCAUAUUAUAUAUAUACAACUCAAGACAAAGAUAUAAAAGCAGAUGAUUCUACAACAUGGGCUAAUGAAUUUUCUGAGACAGAUGGAUGGAAAGGUCUCAAAUUAUUGAAGCUGGCUGGAUUAUUUGGAAUACACAAAAAUGAAGAGGGAAAAACUAUAUAUAGCUGUACAAUUAUUACAAGAGAGAGUAACAAGAUAUUGUCUUGGCUGCAUCAUCGCAUGCCUGUAUGUCUAAGUAAUGAAGAAGAAUGUCAAGUAUGGUUAAGUAAAGAUUUAUCGAUAGAUGCUGCUAUUAAAAGGUUAAAUGAUAUGGUAUUACAAGAAAAUGCUUUAACCUGGCAUCCAGUAUCUACGAUAGUCAAUAAUGGAAACAAUAAAACUAUCGAUUGUAGAAAAAGGAUAAAACUAAAAGAGAUCAGUCAGGCAUCUUUCAUGACUUCCUGGUUGCAAAAAGGAUCAGCUGCUUCAAAUAAAAGAAAAAGCACAGAUGAUAAAGAUAUUAACAGUGAAGAAGAAAAGAAAAAAAUCCGAAAGGAAAAUUAA